AUGGCCCAAACGGUGUUGCCUUGGUGGAACUGGUCAUAUAAGCAGCUCGGAACAAACAGCUUGGACGAGAAGCGACCAAGCAGCUCCCAUUCGGAGGAAGAAGAUAAACAACGGCAAACCCUAGCGACACAACAGUGGUUUCUCUGGACCUUUCGGAGAACAGCAAUAUGCGCCACUGCUGCCAUCGUUUCCAUGGGCGUUCUGAUAGCACUGGGCAUGCACUUUGGAGCCCAUUCGACCAAGAGCAAGUCACAGAGCCAGAAUCCCGUUCGCUUGUGUGGGAACUCGUCCGCCGAGGCUCUAUCUCUUGGAUGCAGUUUCGACCAGCUGCUAUGGGCGUGGCUUCCCCCAGGCUGCCCUCACUACGCGAACGACGAGUUUUUGACUGCCGAAGAAUGGAAGUACUACGUCGAUCCUUUCGGCAAUGAGCAGGCCGUGGGCGAGAAUUGGGCGAAGGCGUUGGACAAUCACAAGGAUCUCUGGGGCGAGCGGAGAGAGCAUCUGACCCACUGCGUCUAUGUCUUCCUCAGCUUGGGCCAAAUCAUACGGGAUGGCACGUCAUAUCCUCCCAAGCUUGUAGCGUACGAGCAUCUGCACCACUGCGCGAAUAUUAUCCUGGAGUCCAUGAGGCAGGACAAAAACUGGAAUACGAUGGAGACGUCCGUAGGAAGGGUUUCUUACGAGGAGUCCUGUUAG